UUUUUGUUUUAAUUUAAAAAAAUGACCACAAACCGACAAUAUCCAGCAAGAGAAAUUAUUUGUGCUUUAAUGUUUUCUAAUGGAGAUUCAAAUAAUUCUUUGGAUGAAUGCCAAGAUUUUGUUUACUCUACAGUUAAAACUCAGUUGAGGAUGAUUGUUAAUAAAAGUCGAAAAUUAUCUCAAAUACGUGGAAAGACUAAAAUUGGCUUUUUGGAUGUCCUUUUUUGUUUUAGACGUCACCCAUUGAUAAUUAAAAGAAUGAUAGCCUACAUAAAGAGAGUUGAAAUUAUUCCUGUACUUACUCAUGCUUAUGAAAGUACUCUUCCUAAAAAUGAAGAAAUUGUUGACGAUGAUUUUAAUCAAAACUGUAAUACUUCUGUUGUUGAUCUUGAAGAUGAAUAUAAAGGGAAAUUAAGCAAACAUGUUUUGGACGCUCUAAAAGAAAUGGAUGUUCUCGGCACUCUUCUAAAUGAAUGUUGGUUACCCGACAACGAAUGGCAAGACUCUGCAAAAAUUGAAAGAAUGCGUCGAAUUGCUGACAGAGUUCGAGAAAUGGACGGGCAUUUAUAUGAUUGUUUUUCUGACGCUAGACAAAAAUCUUUUUGUUCGAAAAAAGGAAGGGAUUUGCCUUCUUUGAGAAAAGGAUUUCUUAAAUGGAUUGAAGCUGAGGAUAUAGAGCAGGGUGUUUCUUAUUUAUUCCAAUUUUGUGCUAUUGAGAUUGUGACAAUUCUCGUUGAAAGUGCCCUUUUAUGUAGAACAGAAGAACAGCAAAAGAAAGAAAAAACGUUGGAGGGAUAUUCUGCCGAAUUUAAUGAUAUAAAUACCCCUCUUCGUCUGUGUCAUUAUGAGGAAGCUUUAAAACGUAAUAGAGGAUGGGCAUUGAGAGGAGAUAUUUUAUUUGGAAAUUUUUAA